CGCGACCGUCGUUCAAGAUGAGUACCAAGGGAUCCUUUGGUGACUCGGACGAGAAGAACGUUGUCGACGUCGGCGUUACGCAUGUGGCCGUCGCGGAUAAGGAGGUCGAUACCGCUGCUCAGCUCGCAGCGGCUCUUGACGAGGAGCUGAGCCCGGAAGAGGCUAACAGGAUCCGGAAGAAGAUUGACUGGCAUGUCCUGCCUCUCAUGUGCACUCUUUAUUGGGUUCAAUUCAUGGACAAGACGACAUUAGGAAGCUCGGCUAUCCUAGGCAUCAGGACCGCAACGCACCUCACGACUAACCAGUAUAACUGGCUCGGAACGAUAUUCUACCUCAGCUACCUCGUCUUCGAAUACCCCCAGAACCUUGCUCUUCAACGAUUCCCCGUUGGCAAAUGGAUGAGCGCCAAUAUCUUUGUGUGGGGCGUGGCGCUGUGUUCGCACGCGGCAUGCAAGAGCUUUGGUGGACUAUUCGCUGUCCGCUUAAUCUUGGGCAUGUGCGAAGGCUCUAUCACCGCUGGCUUUUUGAUCGUCAGCUCUAUGUUCUACACACGCAAAGAGCAGACCCUGCGAGUCGGGUACUGGUUCUUGAUGAAUGGAACAGCCCAGAUCAUCUCUGGUUUCCUGAGCUUCGGGACCUUGCAUAUCAAGACCAAGAACUUCGAGCCAUGGCAAUGGCUCAUGGUCAUUACGGGAGGUCUGACUAUCAUCGUGGCCGUUCUGUAUUGGUUUCUUUUCCCUGACUCGCCUACGAACGCGUGGUUCCUGACGCAGGACGAACGUGCUAAAGCGGUCAAACGUAUCCAGGAAAACCAAACCGGUGUCGAGAACAAGCACUUCAAGAUCGAGCAGUUCUACGAAGCUCUCACUGAUCCGAAGACCUGGCUCUUCGCGCUCUUCUCGGCGCUCGAUAACAUCCCGAACAGCUUGACGAACCAGAGACAAAUCAUUGUCUCUUCGUUCGGCUUCACGAACCUCCAGACGACUCUCCUCGGCUGCGUAGACGGCGUCAUUGAAAUCGUUACUAUAUUCACUGGCGUCCAACUGGCUGCGCGCUACAAGGAUAGCCGCGCGUACGUCGGCGCCAUCUACUUCGUACCUAACAUCCUUGGAGUGCUCCUGAUCAACUUCCUCCCAUGGAGCGACAAAGUCGGGCUGCUUUUCGGCGUUACUGCCGGACACACGAAGCGUGUAACCGUCAACGCGAUUAUGCUGAUCGCCUAUUGCGUCGGCAACGCGUCGGCGCCGUUCAUGUGGCAGGCGAAGUAUAGGCCUCGAAACCAUGUGCCGUGGAUUAUUAUCGGUAUCAGCUACGUCAUCUGUCCGCUCUUGUUGCUCGUUAUCCGAGCUCUACUCGCACGCGAGAACAAGAAACGAGAUGCGGAGCCUGUGGACGAUAAAUAUGAGGACUUCUAUAUUGAGGUUGUCUUACCCGAUGGUACACGAACCGAACGUCGCGUGGACAAGGAAUUUUUGGAUUUGACGGAUGUCCAGAAUAGAGAUUUCAGAUACGUCCUGUAAUGAAUACGAUACGUAUGCCCAACAUCUCG